AUGGAAGAAGAAAAGAAGCUAACUCCUGAAGAAACUUUCUCCCAAGGUCCCUUUUCAUUGCUUUUCAAAGCAGUUAAGGCUAACACUUAGGUUUUGAUUGCAUUAAGAAAUAACAGAAAGAUGUUGGCAAAAGUGAGAGCAUUUGAUAGACACAUGAACAUGGUGUUAGAAAAUGUUUUAGAAAUGUGGACUGAAGUUCCAAGAGGAUCUCACGGCAAGAAGUCAAAGCCAAUGAAAAAGGAAAGAUAUAUUACAAAAUUAUUUUUAAGAGGUGAUUCCGUUAUUUUUGUUCUUAAGAAUCCCUAAAAGUGA